CGUCACCGGGGCCGACUCGCCGCUGCCGCCAUAUUGCUGGAAAGUAAUCGAGUGACUGGAUUCUCGGUUCCCCCACCCGGAGUUUUCAUCUAUACCACCGGCAUUGAGCGAAAACAACCGCUCCCCCUCCGUGUUAAAUUUAUGAAGCCUCACUGCUGACAAGACAGAAGCACUAGCGGCUGCCCCUCGAUCCUCCUGGAGCUAUGUCGACUCUCACUCAGAGGAGCUCCGGCCUCGUCCAAAGGAAAACCGAAGCUUCGAGGAACGCGGAGAAAAUCCCCGACGACGACGAGGACCGGAGGGCUGAGCAGGACCAGGAGGACGAGUUAGGCGACUCCAAAGAAACUCGCCUGACCCUGAUGGAGGAGGUGCUGCUCUUGGGCCUGAAGGACCGAGAGGGUUACACAUCAUUUUGGAAUGACUGCAUCUCAUCUGGGUUACGUGGAUGCAUGCUGAUUGAAUUAGCACUUAGAGGACGUUUGCAGUUGGAAUCUUUUGGGAUGAGACGCAAAAGUUUACUAACGAGAAAGGUCAUUUGUAAGUCAGAUACUCCUACUGGAGAUGUUUUACUCGAUGAAGCUUUGAAACAUAUUAAGGAAACACAGCCACCAGAAGCAGUGCAAAGCUGGAUUGAACUUCUCAGUGGUGAAACAUGGAAUCCAUUAAAACUACAUUAUCAAUUGCGAAAUGUCCGUGAACGGUUGGCUAAAAACCUGGUGGAGAAAGGUGUACUGACUACAGAGAAACAGAACUUCCUGCUGUUCGACAUGACAACUCACCCACUUACCAACAACAUCAUCAAGCAGCGCCUCAUCAAAAAAGUGCAGGAAGCAGUGCUGGAUAAGUGGGUGAAUGACCCUCACCGGAUGGACAAGCGCUUGCUUGCCCUCAUUUACUUAGCCCAUGCCUCGGAUGUACUGGAGAAUGCUUUUGCUCCCCUCUUGGAUGAACAUUAUGACUUGGCCAUGAAAAGAGUACGACAGUUACUGGACUUGGAUCCUGAAGUUGAAUCUAUGAAGCCUAAUACAAAUGAAUUGCUUUGGGCUGUAGUGGCAGCCUUUACUAAGUAAAAUUUAUUGAAUUAUGUGAAGUAUAUUCUUUUCCCUCUCCCCCAUUAUUAUUCAUGCCCUCCCUAAACUGUAGUUUUUUUUAAUCCAUGAAUUUUGUCCUUUCCUUUCAAAGCUGCUAAAGGCUUUGAUUCCAAUAAAUCCAGGAAGAUUAUAAAUGGCCUAUGAAACACUGCAUUUAGUACAGCCAAAGAAAUACAGUAAACUUUCUUUUGUGGCCUGUCUAAGUUCUCUACCCCCACGUGCAUUUAAUUGAUUCAUAGUGUCAAAAGAAAAGCAAAUGCAGUUUGUUCCUGAUAAAUUCAUAAACUAUCUACCAAGAUAUUUUAUGUCUGUGUCAGCAUUUUUAUGUAAUAGGAAUGAAUGUAAAUGGUAGAUUUUAAAUUUGGAUCAGGUAUGUAUUUAUCUGGACUGUAAACUGCAUUGCCAAUUAGAAUGACCACCAUACGCAGUUACUUUUUCAAAAAAAAAAUCAAAGUGCUGCUGUGUAAAACAUUAAAGAUCUGCCUUUUUACUGCAAUAUUUUCUGCUAGUUUAAAAUGUCAAUAUUGUUCUAAAGGUGAGGUAUGUAAGAGAAAUAUAUCUAGUGUUUUUGUUUCGACUCCUUCCCACCAUCAUUUUAAAACCAGUUACAUAAAUUUAGGAGUUCCAUGCACACUACAUUUUAGAAGUUUAAGUAAUGCUUUGCAGUAUUAUAUUAUAGUUUGUGUGUGGCAUCAAUUGUAAAAUGCUACCAGAAGUGAUCUUUUCAUUCCAUUGAAACUAAGUGUUCAUUGCGAUGACAGCAAUGAAACUGUUAAUCUAUUGUGACAAUACUGCUCACAAUGGGCAUUGGAAAAAAAGGUGUGCCCAUGUAAAUUAAUAAAACCUUCAAACAUUAAAUAACUUGCACAAGUCUGAUAAAUUAUGAUACAUGAUCAGGAAAUGGCAUUAUUUUUCUGGUUCAUGUCUUAAAGGAACAUGGGAAAGUAUUUAUAUAGUCACAAUAUAGUUGCGUUUUCCUGCCUUAGAGAGAUUCUCCUCCAUUGAGAAUAGAUUGAGUUUGCAUUUCUUCCCCCUUUUCAAUCCUGCCCCAGUAACAGAAGAAUAAAUCUCUUUAAAGUUUGAAGAUUUCUGUUAGUUUUUGUAAGUUUAUAUGUUUUUGUUACAUAUAUACUUUUUUGUAAGGCAUCUCUGUUUUUAAAUUAUUACAUCAACUUAGUAGGCAGAGGGUGCCUUCUAACAAUGGUCCAUCAAUUCACAAUUUUAAAUGGAAGCAAUUCUGGGAUAGCCAACAUUCCAGUAUAUCAUGUAUAUAGUUCAACUUGUAUAUUUACUACCCCAUCCUGGUUUUUUGCAAGACACAAUGAAUUCUACACCUGACCUCAUCUGUGCUUAACCACUGAUUUAUGGUGGAAAGGGGCUUCUUCUGUAAAGCAUGUGCAAAACUCUUGUAUGUGAUUUUGAUGUAUGUGGAAAAGUACCUUGCCAGUACUUUGACCUAUGCAUAGCCUUUUAUUAUGUUAUUCAAUGUACAGUAAGAGUCAGUUCUAUGUCAUUGUAAAGAAUAUAUUUCAUGUCAAAGAACGCUUGUGACCAAUGGCAAGCUGAGUGCAAUUUUUUUCAUUUCUCUGUUCUUUGUACAUUGAAAAAGGAUGUGAAAUCACUUUUUUUUUGUUUUCUGCAAGUAUUACUAACUUUUACUUAAUACCAGCUUUAGAAAUGUUCCUUUAUAGGCAUGGCAUGUGAAUUGUUUGUAGCAAUGACAGCCACUGUAAUUAUUAAGGAUGUUCCUUUUGUUGGAUAGCAAAUAUUCCAAUUAUGGCACAGAUUUUAUUAGUUUUAUAUAUAAUUUGAUUUAGCAUAUUAUCUUAUGAAAUUAUUGGCUUUUUUAACCUGUGAGCUCUUUCCAUUGCUUGCUUCACUGCUGCUGGUUUCACCAGAUGUAUAUAUAGCAAGGAGAUGAUUAGAAAUACAGUGAUUCAAGAUAUACCGCAUACUAAUGAUGGGGCUUACAGGUGUUUGGAAAUUAUUUUUGUUUAAAUAUUCAAAGCAAAAAUACUAGAUGGUGUAGAACUGUAGACUUGAAAUUAAAGGGAUCCCUGAUCUGUAUACUAGCUUUUUACCUUUCAGUUAAUAAACUAUGAUUUUGAAAGUG